CCUUGCAGUGGGGGGAAGGAAUCAAACCCCCAAGAUGGCGGCGGCGUCGGAGGAGCGGAUGGCUGAGGAAGGAGGCGGCGGCCACGGCGACGGCGGCCCCUCUUCGGCCAUCGGCUCUGCCCAGCGACUGCCCCCCCCGCCCCCGCCCCCGGCCCCGCAGCCGGGCUCCCAGGCGCCCCCAGCCCCGGCGCUGGCUCCCGACCAGCUGCCUCAAAACAACACGCUGGUGGCGCUGCCCAUCGUAGCCAUCGAGAACAUCCUCAGCUUUAUGUCCUACGACGAAAUUAGCCAGCUCCGCCUGGUUUGUAAAAGAAUGGACUUGGUCUGCCAGAGAAUGUUGAAUCAGGGAUUUCUAAAAGUGGAGAGAUACCACAAUCUAUGUCAGAAACAAGUUAAAGCACAACUUCCAAGGAGGGAGUCGGAAAGAAGAAACCACUCGUUAGCUCGUCACGCGGACAUCCUUGCUGCUGUGGAAACAAGGCUCUCACUGUUAAACAUGACUUUCAUGAAAUAUGUGGAUUCCAAUCUCUGUUGCUUCAUCCCAGGAAAGGUGAUUGAUGAGAUUUAUCGUGUGUUGAGAUACGUCAAUUCUACCAGAGCCCCUCAACGCGCCCAUGAAGUACUUCAAGAGUUAAGGGACAUCUCCUCCAUGGCGAUGGAGUACUUUGACGAGAAGAUCGUGCCCAUUCUGAAGAGGAAGUUACCAGGAUCAGAUGUGUCCGGAAGACUCAUGGGCUCUCCUCCAGUUCCGGGACCUUCUGCAGCCCUCACAACAAUGCAGCUCUUCUCCAAGCAAAACCCUUCACGACAAGAGGUAACCAAACUCCAGCAGCAGGUUAAGACAAACGGUGCCGGUGUGACUGUUCUCAGGCGUGAAAUUUCCGAGCUUCGCACCAAAGUGCAGGAACAGCAGAAGCAGCUUCAAGACCAGGACCAGAAACUGCUAGAGCAGACCCAGAUCAUAGGCGAACAGAACGCGCGGUUGGCGGAGCUGGAGCGCAAACUGCGGGAAGUCAUGGAGAGCGCGGUGGGAAACUCCUCAGGGGCUGGGCAGAACGAAGAGUCUCCUCGGAAACGGAAAAAGGCAGCUGAAGCCAUAGACUCCCUUAGGAAAUCUAAGCGUCUCCGGAAUAGAAAGUAAAGGGGGGGCGGGUCCUGGCUCCAGAGGAAGACGUGGCUGAAGCAGUUACGUACCUCAGGACGCCCCGGAGGCUUCUGGUCUUUCAGAAAGAACGCAACUUCAGCUUGAACUCUCACGGUUGGGACAGUCUUCUCCCGCUUCUCCUCGUUGAACUGAUGCACAGAACCUUUUUACUUUGCAAUAGAUUUGUACUAACCAGACCUGUCCUAUCAUGUUUUGAGGAGUUAACUUUUUUUCUGUGCAGAUAAUGUUUAAAGUAAGUUUAUUUGUUCUUGCAUAUAUGCACAUUACAGAAGGAUCUGAAACAAACCAGUCUGGACAGACUAGAAGUUAAGUUGAAUACAGAAAAUGUCCUGUUUCACUUGAAAGAAAAGACCUACUUUUUAAAUGGACAGUAUCUUGUUUUAAAAAAAAAAAAAAAAGAAAAAGUUGACUUUUUGUUAUAAGUGACCUUUGUCUGGAAUGUCUGAAAAGUAGUAAAUGCUUUUUGGUAUCGAAGUAAUGGGUAACUAAAACGGACUUCCAUAGUGUUGACUAUAGGAGGGGCCUCUACAGUAUUGACUAUAUAUUUUUAUAAACUACUGGCAAGGGACUUAUCCAGUUGUUCUACACGUUUUCAGUUCUCUUCUGGGACCACGCCCUGCAUUUGCAUGGAUGCAUGCACACAUCGCCUAGUCAGCUCACGUAAAAAGCUCUUGCACUGGUAUUGACCUUGAACCUCUCUACUUCUCCACUUUCUAGAGCAGCGUUAGUUUAUUUGAGCACCUAACAUCUUCCACCACCACAACAGCUUGCCUCCAGGGAAGAAUUAGUCAGUCCAUUUGUCCUCCAGUUUUAGGGGAAUGGGGAGCAUCAAAGCCCAUCGCUUUCUCUGUUCUCUGUAGGGUUCAGGUACAGUGGCCAAGGCAGAACCCCAAACUCCAAGGCUCUGUCAGCGUCGGACCUCUGGAGACUGGUAGUGGCCCUUACUCGCCACCGUGUGUGUUCAUGGAUCAGUGUGGUGAUCACCAUGGGUGUGAGCAGGGGACCCAGCUUGUGGGAUGCAGUUUUGCCAUUGAAAGAAAGCUCAUUGAAGAACAUCCUACUAUGAAAAAGCAUUUUGAUCAUUUCAUUUCUGGGGGAUGACAUGAGGGAAGCUUUUAAAUAUUAAUUUCAAGCUUUCCUAUCCUACAACUUUAAACAAAAGCUUUAAUUUCGUUUGCACUCCUGUUUUGAGCGUGUAACUGGAAAAGCAUGUCUUGCACUGUUCACACUGCUAAGCGGUCACUUUAACAACCUCCAAAUUGUGUACAGUGGUUUCUUUCCCCACUUGUAUAUUUUUGAGACCUUCAACUAUUACUGUCCUCGUUUUAUGUUAAUGUACUAAAUUAUGUAGUUAUUAUUUGACUGAUAAGUUCUUCUAUCAACUCUCAACAACUGUUGCCUUGGGCUUCAGUUCUUUAAAAUAGUUUUAGGUGUAAUAUAGAAAAUUAUCCCUGUCCAGGUGGGAGUUUGACACCUGCAUAAAACCUAAGGUUUUGGUAAGUACCUUAGUUGAAUAAAAGCACAAGGUUACCGCCCUUUUCACCCGUCCACCAUGACACGGUUAUGCAUCCUUUAACCUCACCAAACAAAACUUUUUCUUACCCAUUUUUAAGAUUGUCCUUCCAUAAUACUGUCCUUAGAUUUUGAUCAAUUCUCUGUCUGACUUGGAAACUCCAUUUACAAUGUAGUACGUUUUCAAUGAAAAAACAAAAAAAACAAAAUACCAUAUAACAUCCAAGUGUUUCAUGGUUUGUUGGGAAGGUAAUUUUAAAAUAAACAAUUUCCAAAAAACAUUUGUCAGCCAAGGUCAUCCAUAAAAGUCCCCGUCUGGAACUCGUUUUCUCGGCAGGUGUCAUUUUUGUAAUCCUAGGAUUUAGCCAUAUUGUCCUAACUCUGGAGCAGGCCUACUGGAAUACUCAUGGCUGUGAAUAGUCUGCCUUCCCGGUAAUAGGAAGACUCUAUUUAGAGUAACCAGGUAACAUGUUUACAGGUUUACAAAGUAGGAUCCUUACGCA